UGUAGAUUUUAAAUUUCGGGAAUAAAAUGUAGACUUGCGUUAGAAAAUACAAUUCGUAUAUUAAGUAUAUUUUCAAAUAAUAUUUCUCCCUCGUGAACGCUCCUGAUGAAAUAAUUUAUUACAUAUCCCCCCUUUGUUCUAAAUGGUAGAAUCUGAUUUCAAUAUGGCGUCCACGGCUUAAACAUCUGAACGGAUGGAGAAGACUAAAUUCAGAGUAAAACAUUGGUUGCGUUCAACAUUUCUGAGUAUUUUUUGUUCAAUGUCAGGCUAAUGUUUAUUUUAACUAAAGGACAUGGUAAAAAUAGAAGACAUACCCAGGAUGGCGGACGACUGGAAGCAAGUGUUUGAGAGGAACCGGGUGGUUCCCCCGCACAGCCAGACCGCAAGGCUGGCUGUAGAAAGCCGCUUCACCCAGUCCCACGGCUUCCAGCUCACCCUCAACCGUGUCACUGCAACUCACCUCCCACCCCAGGAGAAGGCAGUGGGAGAACAAAGUGUGACUUACCAACUACGGGCAACGCUGUUUGACAGAAAUCAUCAGCACUUUUUUGGGAACACAUGGAAGAGCUCACCUCAGACAAUAAAAAACAACAAGAUCACUUUCAAUGAGGUACUGUAUGUCCAUACGUCUUUGACUUUACCCAGCACACUGUUGGUUCUGGAGUUGGUGUCAUUGUCACCCAGACCAGACUGCUCUCAUCAGGCUCUGGGACGAGGCUUUACUGUCCUGGAGCUUUUCACCAACAGGCCAGACACCCCAGCUGCUGAUGGGGAGAGAAGGCUGAAUCUACAUCACGGAUCACCAAGAGCCUUGAUUCACCCCCUAAUAAAGGACACUGUUGACUAUCAUAGUAUCUUGAAGAUUAUUGAAGGAGCACAUUUGGCCUGUGUCCUGAAAAAACAUCCUGCACUGGAUUCUGUCCUGCACCUCUUUCCAGAGAAUGUCCUUGUAUCCGGGGAAGAGAACAUUCCUGGACUAGUAGCUUCCCCAACAGGAGAUGCUCUGCUGAAGCCUCAGACGCUCAAAACGCUGCCCUUCACCCUGAACAGACUUACCAUCUCCCUUCAGCCGUCCCUGGAGAAGUUCGAGAGCCAGCUGCUGCAGCUGAUCAAUGCUGACUGCCAGAACACAAUACAUCCAGGAUCAGAUGGUGCAAUAAAGACAGCUGUCAUUCAGGAAAGGAGGCUUCAUGUUGGAGUCCACAAUGGCUGGUGCUUCCUUGAGAAGCCACAAGUGGUAGUACUGGAGGCCUUUCCCUCAGGAGUCAGAGGACGAGCAGGCAGCCCUUCCAAACAGAGCGCUCUGAGUAAGGACAGCUCAACAUCUUCCCUGCCUCAGAUCCUGAGCCUUCGCAGCAGCCUAGAGCUUAGACUGACCAAUCAUCAGGCUCUGGCAAUCAUCUUUCAGCUAGAGUAUGUCUUCUCUACUCCAAUAGGCCGAGAGACUAUGCUAUCUGCUACCUCUACAUCCCGUGCUGCUUUCUUGCAUAGCCUUCGUUGGGGGAUUUGGCGUCCCUUCCAGGAGCCAGCUGAGUGGAAGGGGGAAGAGAUACAGCUUGUAUUGCAAGGAGGUGCAAAGCCAAACCCUCAUGGAGCCAUGGUCUACAGCACAGAGGUGUCUGCCAAAGCUCAGAGCCCUGCACCAAUCUCAGCUCCAGGCACAGCUCAGGAGGUCUCAGAAGCAAAGGAUAUGAUCAAAUUUUGGCUGUCAUCCAGCCUGGAAAGGAAGGCAUCCAGCCCAAAGCCAUCCCUGAGGACAAAACAGGAGGACGUGCCUCGCCAGAGAAGAUCACCUUCAUCACCUUCACAGGGUCGGAAACGCAUUCCCACUUCUCCUCCAGAAUCUCCUCAAGGCCCCGGGCUCUCACUGUCUCAGCUGGCAGCUACUUCACGCUACCCGACCAUCAGCCACUCCAGCUCGGCGUUGCCGUGGCAACAGUCAUUUCCUUCUCUGCUCCAUCCUUCCCCAUUGGCAUCGGCCCACCAGCUGUCACAUGUCGCCUGCUCAGCUGUCAGCAACUUUGCUCACCUGGAGAUGGACCUUCAGCGAGGAGGAGAUGAUUCAGCUUCACUUCAUGAUGAAGGAGACCAACUUCAGGAGCUGCCCUUCACCCCUGUCCAUGCCCCUGUCAUUACUCUGGGGAUGAAUGUGCCUAGUUCCUGCUCAGUCAGCUCCAGAAGCUCAUUGGCCCACCUCUUCUCUGCUGGUUUCCCUGACAUCGUGGACUCUAGUGGACAGGUGGCUGAAGUCCUGGAUCCCACAGAACCCCUACCCUUUGAUCCCAAUCGAGAAGAGAAUGACCUGCAGGGAAACUUGCUGGUGUUCCAGUUUCUGGCAUUUACCAGAAUAGCAGCACCGGGUGUUGGUCCCGAUUGGCCUGAAAACAUCUACUUCACCUUCCAGUUCUAUCGCUUUCCACCAGUCACAUCACAGCGGCUCAAGUUGCUGACUGGUGACAAGGUUCAGCACAAAGCUAGCGAUCCACUUCCCUGUGUCCUCGCCUCCAUUAACAAAGAUGGCACAGUUAACACUGGCUCUCCAGGUCUGCAGCUGCAGUUCAGAGUAGAUGAUAGUUUCCUGAAGCCAGGGGAGAAGCGCUGGUUUCUUCGCUACCUGGCCCUCCACGCCAUGCAUAUUGACAUCUGGGACAGUGACUCCUUGCUCCUGAUAGGUUCUACUGCAAUCGAACUCAAGUACAUGUUGCGUCAGUGUAAAUCGGCAGUACAGGCGCUUCACGAGGUGGAGGUACUGACCACUGACUACGUGGGAGAGGAUACCUUACUGACAAACCCAGACCUGGGUCGACACUCUGCCUCCAGCCCCAUGACGGUUCACACCAUCGUCAGAGGCCGGCUCCACCUACGCACAGGCAACAUUGGGUGCCCUGCAGACUCUGGCAGAAAGAGGCCAGCAGACGUGAUGCAGUCCCUCUUGCAUAUCAUCACACCUCGUGAAGUCACCAGCGGUUUCAGAGGAGGAAGUCUGUCCAGCAGGAACAUCCUCCAGCUCAAUGCGAGGAACACUGCACAAGCAGACAGACUGCCGAUAAAUGAGGAUCGGGUGCCAUUGUUCCGACGCGGGAUCAGAACUGACGGCGUCGUGCCCAAGGAGAACAGCCUAAACAAACCCGAUGACAGUGACCGAAAGCUGAAGUGCAUGGCUUCAGUGCGCGAGCGGGAGGCCAGCGAAGAUGCUAAAACGGCAAAGGUUGCGGCUCAGUCUAAAAAAGCCCAGCUGGCCAAUCCCAGUGAAGCCAAGAGCAAAGCAGAGAGCAUCGCCAACAUGCUGAGCCAGGCCAUCACCACCCAGCACCUGCUUUAUGCUAGCCUGGGUUCUGCAGAGUACAUGGAGUUUGUCCUUAAGAAUCCAUUUAAUGUACCACAGACGGUCACCAUUCACAGCGAUGACCCUGAGCUAAGUGUCAUCACAAACACUGAGGAGUGGCGUUACUUCAAAGCGCUAACCAGAACUCCUACCCCGCUGGAGGAGAACAUGUUCCACUCGGAGCAGGGUGCUCCAGGUCCUAGGGUUUACCUCCGGCCCAAAGAGAGCCUCCACGUGCCCCUGAAAUACCAAAGCUUCAUCUGCGACCACACCAUGGCCCUUCAGGGACCAAGCCUGAAGACUACAGCCAGAGGUUCCCAGGUGGCCAAGAAGAAUCUGUCCAAUAUUAUUGCUGCCAAAACUAUCAAGGUUACUUUCAAAGCAGAAGAUGGAAAGCCAAUGGCCAUCUGCCAAGUGAAUGUGGAGCCAACGCCCCAUGUCAUUGACCAGACUUUCCGACUUUACCACCCCGAGCUCUGUUUCCUUAAAAAGGCCAUCCGCCUGCCAGUCUGGCAUGACCCUGCAGCUGGCAACUCAGAUGCCUGGGCUCAUGUUUCUGUACGCUGCAGUGACCCUAACAUCAUCUGCCAAACAAGGAUGCUGGCACCAGGAGAGCCUCAAGAUGUGUACUUGAAAGUGCCAGGGAGUCCCAGUCCACACAUAAAAAUGUUCUUUGUAAUGGUUUUCACUGAUAAGUGGAUGGCAGCGCCCUCCCAGAUCUGGCAGAUUUACGUGCACUUCCUGGAGCGCGUGGACGUCAGCUGUGUGACUGGCCAGCGGAGCUGUCAGUCACUCGUUCUGAGGGGAACGCAGGCUAUCCGUAAGGUCAAGUGUUUCUCAUCACACCCCGGCGAGAUUGAGGUGGACCCGGUGGGUGUGUUUGUUUUGCCUCCUGCAGCAGUGCAGGAGCUCCAGCUGAAGGUGCAGCCAUGGCAGGCUGGCAGCCGCUUUCUGUAUGUGAACGCGGUAGAUGUGGAGCAGCAGCGGCUGGUCACCGCGUGGCUGCUCUGUCUCAAUGUUCACCGUCCUGUGCUGUCCAAGGCUUUUGAAGUAUGUGUUCCAGUUGGCGGUGGACGUGGCAGUUCCAGAAAAAUCACCUACACAAAUCCGUACACCAGCAGUCGUACAUUCCUGCUUCGCUCUGACCAUCCAGAUCUGCUCCAGUUCAAAGAGGAUAAAUUCCAGAUUAGAGGGGGAGAGAGUUACACCAUCGGACUACGGUUUGCCACGAGCCAGAGUCCCGGAUCAGUGGACAUCCUGGUCUACGUGAACAACCUGGAGGAGAAGACGGAGGAGACGUUCUGUGUGAAAGUAAACUAUUCAUGAAGUGAAAGUUGUUUGAAAAAACAAGUAGAAGCUUCAGUGGAAAUGUUGACUGUGCUGUACUGUGUAAUAUACUUUAAGAGUGUGAAAGAAACUAACUUUCCUAUCUCUUUUGUCAUUUUGUAUUAGAUUAUUCUUCAAGAAAAUAAAACUUUGUAACACUGACUUUUUAUUCUGGACUGCAUGACCAAGAAGUCUGAAUGAAAUGUGUUACGAUAAAAUGAGGUCACGUUGCAGGAAUCAAACAUGUUGAAUAGAAUCGCCAGCUUCCUUUCUAAACAAAACAAAACAAAACUGACUAGAAAAGUUUUAUUUGCUAAAUUAUGCACUAAACUUAAAAGUACUGGGAGCUAUAAACUGGGUGCAAAGCAGUCUGAAAAGUAGUAAAUGAUGUUGUAAAUUUGCUUUGUUUCAUAAUCAGCAAAGUAAUGCAUGCAAUCUGCAAUUAAGGUGUCAAGGUUGAUUCCCACUAGUGAGCUGUCCUCAUCCAAAAAGCCUGGCAAAUGCCUGUCAGUUCAACCCUAGCCAUCCGAAGGUGGGCCGAGGGUGAAAGCAAUAACAUUUUAUCGACUUUAAUUACCCAGCAAACCCACUUGAAUGCCACUUGAUGGCCGAGUUUUAAUCUAAGACAAGCCGGGGGUCUGCGCUCCUCGUCCCCUCACCUCCCAAACAACUUCUCCUCAUCACUGGCAUUAUUAGAAACAGCGCCGUAAUGAAGUAUGAUUUUCCAGCGAGGCGCACAUCUCUUCACAUCGCCCUCAUUAACACCAGCACCCUUUUAAACCCUUCAUGCUCUCCCUCCUGCUUGUUCUGCCAUGUCUCUCUCUAUUGGAGGUGCUGAGAGGGAGAAAGAGAGAGAGAGGAGGACCGGAGACGGAGAGAAGGCCGUGCAUAUUGUGUUAUGUAACAGAGUUACACAAUCCCUCCACCCUCUGCACCCCCCUCCAUACUUCCUUCAUCCUUGCUUUCUCUCUCAUUAGAAUGCAGGCUGCAAAGUAAGCCUCACCAGCGCGGCAAAGCCUAAUAAAACGAAGAUAGCAGCCAAGCCUAGUGCACUUCAUCUUUACCUUCUCAAAGCAAAAAAACAAAACAGAAAAACAUCCUUGGUGUAUUAUGCAUUUCAUGUUAAUAUGGUCACAGCUUACAAAUAUACACAUUUAAGGCUGUGUAACCUCCGACAUGGAUGGGUUCCUAUAUUUAAUUAAAGUUUUCCUUAAUACAAAAGCUAAAUGCCAUACGGACGAGGUGCUGGCUGGUGCACACGUUCCUCCUGUUUCAUGCUGAAGUUUUGAGAGACUAGAAAUUGAGUCCAUUCUGUGUCAAUGCAUUCAAAAGUUCAUCUGAGGCUAAUGUGCGACCGGCCGUCUGAUCUGCCCCAUAAAUAAACCACUGACUUAAUCAGAAAUUAUUUAAUCUGAUUUUAUUCAACAUAACAUCUGAUUUUUCCUCAAAAAGAAAAAAAAAAGUGCCAAUUUUGUUUUGUUUUGCUCUAACCAAUCAGUGGAUUCCUUCCACAUGCACAGCUGCACACCAUCCCGUGUAGAGGCUUUAAAACCCAACCCUAUCCCUUAAAUGGCGAGGCAACUGACUUCAGUUUUCCAUUCACUGCCCUCACAGCGGGUGUCUGUUGGUGAGCUGUCCCACGUGUCUCUGCCUGUGCGUGGCAAAGAUUUCCUCCUCCCAUCCAUCCUAAUCUGGCACAAAAUAGUGCAUAGCAUCUCUGAUAGGAAUGGGGUGGUGUUUUCUGUUUGUGUGAAAGUGUGGAAAAGAAUAAAACAAAACCCUUCCCUCUGUUGGUUUUAAUACCUGGAUCCUGCUUGGUGCAGCAGGCCCUUCGGUGUGAGCUGCAUGGCUGUUCUCUGAGCGUGGGGCAGAGCUGCACUGACACCUUAUUAGUGGUGCCAGUCCAGUUGUUGUCAGUUCCUCCUGAAGGAGCACAGACACCCGCCACAACAGCUCACACUGUCUGCUCACCUUGUUAGUGUGGUUAGACGGGUCCUGUCUUGCUGCCCGAAGUCAAUGCUGCCUUGAUAGUUUGCUGGGUGGAAGCGUGCCCAUUGUUGCCCUGAUUUAGGAAAAAAGGGUGGGGAGAAAAAAAGCAGGCCUACCUGCUGGUGCAUGUCUCUGUGUUAGUGUGGUCUUUUGUGAAUGUGUGCGUGUGUAGGUGCCUGGCCUGAGCCAAGUGAGUGGGUGCAUGUCUGUGAAAGCAUACAGCGACGCAGGUAUCAAAGAGCUUUGUAACUGAAGGAAUAUGCAACCUAGCAACAAGCCCUCCUCCUCAUGUACACCGCUGGUUUGGAUCGGCACUCGUGCAGCGGCGAGAAGAGUUUGUUAUUAUUACUGCGGUUCACUUGAAACGGAAAACACACACAUUACAGCAAAGGAGCUAAUGACAGUUUUUCCCUACUGGGGGAAAAAAAGAAAUACUGAAAUAAAGAAAAUUCAAAGAUUCACUUCUUCCCACACCCGGAUGAACGAUGCCACGGCUGUUUUUUGUUUUUUUGUGGCUGUGAAAGGCAAAACAUCUGCUGUGGCAUCACUGAUUGGGGUGUGGCUCGAACUGCACGAAUUUUGAAGCUUUCAAGCAGCAGGCUUGAAGUGCUUUUGACAUGGGGAUUUAUGUAAACAGUCGAGGUUCUUUAAUAAACAUGAAAUUGUGACAUGAGGUGCAAGAAGGAGCUCUUAAUGAACUGAAAUUCAAUUACCUCAUUACUCGUCUCAGCAGGACCCUCCCUCAGCCAUGACUGCUGAGCACAGAGGGAACGUGAUUUUCUGAGGGAGCAGACGCUGUUCCUGCCACUGCAAACCUGCAUCUGUCCAAAUUCAAGACAGUUCUCAGUAGAUGGCAGCCUUACACAUACAGCUCAGUUGUUUUGCCAUUCUUCCUUUCCUCUGAGGCUUUAGUGAAUUCAAGAGCUUGUAUAAGACUCCCCCCAUUCUGAUAUCAUGAAACACAAAUAAACCAGCAUGUAUAACCUUUUAGUUAUUUUUUUUUUAAUAAAUAGAUCAAUCACAUUUAUUCUCUUUACUUAUCUGUGUGAAACCUUUACAGUCAGUCCAUCGAAUUUCAUGUAGAGAUAGGUCGGAAUUGACUUACCAGAGAGUUAAUCAAUAGGGGAGAACUUCCUUGCAAUGGGUGCCAUUAACCUGAUAGUCCAGAAUGAAUAUGGACUUUAAUGGGUUUCAUAAAAGGUCAUUUUCCUCAUGUUUUUAGUAGAAUGGGUUACAACAGUGGAUAAAGUUCUAUAAGUACUAGAUAAACAAGCAGAAAGUGUUUAGCAUUAGCCACCUAAUACCCGUCACCCACCAGCACCCCAGUCAUUUUGAUUAUAUAGCUUUUAAUACACAUAUGGUUUUCUCUGAUUUAGCUCUCAAUGUUUAUUAUAAUUAACUGGUGCCAUUAUGAGUCUUUAAUUUACCAAACACCAUAGCAAAAUGCUAGCACUUUGUGAAGAAAAUUAGCUUCAUUAUACUAAAUAAAAAAGGAAAUGGGAUUAUUUUUGUAGCUUUUA